CUUCUUUGUUUUGUUUUCAGCAAGCUUAGGUUUGAGCAGCAGCAGAAAGCUUGUUGCCCUGACUAGCCAGAAGUAGAAAACUUGCUUUUAGUUGCAGUAAUCAUUUUUUAUUUGCCCGACAUAAUCAUGAGCUCGAAAGAAUAUGACUGUAGAUCAGCGCCAGUACUAAACAUUCAGUGCAACUGGGAUGAUUUAAUUAGGAAUAAGAACUGUGAAAUCUGGGUAUCAUGUAAAUUCCGAGGUGAAAAUAGCUUUAAUGGAAAAAUAAUAAGUGGUGGAUCUAAGGACUCAGUCUCCUCAUCUGAAGGCUUCUCAGCGAAGUGGGUUUCUGAUGCUCGUGGGAUUUCUGUACUGCACUUAAAAUCCAAUUGCCGCACAUUGUUUGUUGCUCCAGGCUCGCAGUUUACUGGAAUCCACAAGAAAAGCAUUGUGUCCCUGCAUACAACUCCUGGAGGCCUAGCUGUGUCAGCUUGUACCAACAAUCAGUUAAAUGUUUGGGACACCAAAACGGGAGUAGUCUGUAGGUCGUUUUCUGACCAUCCCUGUGAUGUUUAUCAGUGCCGCUUCUUCCCUUCAGGGGUUGUUGUCAUCUCUGGGGGAGCUGAUAUGCAACUCAAAAUCUGGUCAGCAGAAACUGGUCAAUGUCCUGUUACUUUGCGUGGUCACACAGGGUCCAUCAUGGAUGUUGCUAUUGUUGAUCGUGGCAGAAAUGUCGUAUCAGUGUCUAAAGAUGGGACAGCGCGUCUGUGGGACUGUGGUAAAUCUGCUUGUCUGGGUAUUUUAAUUGAAUUGCCAUCAGUCAUAAAUUGUUGUGCUAUUACUUCAGUUAGCAACAAAGUGCCAUUAGGUGAACCAAAUGAAUCCCCAAGUGAUCGGGAAAUUGGAACUGAAGACAAGGUUUUGAUUGUUGGCUGUGAAGAUGGUGUCCUUGCCUCCAUUGCUGUUCGUAGUCGUAAUACUCUCAGCAAAAAAGCUCUCUUAUCUGCAAUUAACUGCCUUGCUCCAGUGAAUGAAGAAACUGUCGCUGUGGGUUGUCAGGAUGGACAAGUUUUCUUAUUCAACCCUGCAAAUCUAGACAAACCAAUAUGUGCUUGGUAUGAAUCUAAUAGCGCAGCCCUGAGUCUAUUGUGCCAUUCUGAUGGAAUCUUUGUGGGUCGGUCUGAUGGCACUUGCACCUAUCUACCUUUUAAAGAUUCCAAUGAGUCACCAAAGCGCCUGUUAUUAACAGGGCCAGAAUAUGACCCCAUUUAUGACAUUUCUAGUGAUGGGCAUGCCAUUUAUACAGCAUGUAGAGAUGGUAGUGUCAGAAAGUACAGUGUUACAAAACCAUUACAAGUGCUUAACAAUGAGUGAUUCCAUUUAAACUUUUUCUGUUUUAUUACUUGAAUUGAAAACAAUGAAACAUUAUGUGAGAUAUCUGUGUUGUAGUGGGCUAAUACCCUCAAUGAUAUGAUAAAACCUUGGACCCAUUAGUGACCAGGCAGGUCUUCCUCUUAUGUAAAUUCUUAUAGCAAAUUUAUAGCAAAAUGUGUGUAAAUGUUGUUGUGAUCAUUCAACAGCAGCAGGUUACAUUUGUUCAAAAUAAAAUGUGUGUGUGAUUUAGCCGUAAUCAAUUGUUAAAGCAAUCAUAUUGUCUGCUUGACUUUGUAACUUCUGAUUUCAGACUUCUUUGCACUAUCUAACAAGCUUGAAACAAUCUGUCAAAAUCUUACAUUUUUCUCUUGAUAGUAAGAAUGUAUCUCAUGUAACAAUUGUCUUGGAAAAAAAUGAAAGCAAAAAAAAAUCAUAUGGCCAAUGCAUUUUGUUGCAUAUAACUCUUGUUUUGCCAUUAAAACAUCAAUAAAGUAUAUAAAAUUAUC